GAUGGCUCACAGGACCAAAGGAAGCAAACUCUUCAUCACAGUUCUCUAUGUGGUGACAUCAUGCAGCGCCGUCCCCAUCAGUGACCUGCUGGACCGCGCCUCUCAGCGCUCUGACAGGAUGCACUCACUCAGCAGAACCCUCACCCACGAGCUGGACUCUCAUUUUCCUCCCAUAGGUCGGAUGAUGAGCCCUCGUCCCUCAAUGUGCCACACCUCGUCUCUGCAGACACCCAGCGACAAGAUGCAAACGCUUCAAGUCUCUGAGUCCGACCUGUUGUCUCUGGCUCGCUCUCUGCUCCAAGCCUGGCUGGACCCUCUGGUGGUUCUGUCGGCCUCUGCCAGGACUCUGCCGCACCCGGCACAGAACGCCAUAUCCAACAAGAUCCAGGAGCUGCAGGAGCACUCCAAGAACCUGGGAGACGGUCUGGAUAUCCUCUCUGGGAAGAUGGGUCCGGAAGCUCAGAACCUCUCCUUCCUUCCCUUCAGAGGAGGGAAUGAAAUCGGCCAGGACCGGAUUUCCAAAUUAGUCAACUUCCAUUUCCUGAUGUCCUGCUUUCGACGGGACUCCCACAAGAUUGACAGCUUCCUGAAAGUCCUUCGUUGCCGAGCAACGAUGCAACCUGAGUUGUGCUAA